UUUAAUUCUGUAGCUACAAAUGGCCACUCAUUAUAGAUUAGAUGAAUAGCAUCAUUUGCUUUCAACUCAUAAAACAAAGUUCCAAUUGCCAAAAGGACACUUCUUAUUUACAUCUGAAAGUGUUAGUGCCGGUCAUCCCGAUAAAUUGUGUGACUUCAUUAGUGACAGCAUUCUUGAUGCUUGUUUAGACCAAGAUCCCAAUUCUAAAGUAGCAUGUGAAUCAGCAUGCAAAAACUCUCUUGUUAUGGUAUUCGGUGAAAUCACAACAAAUGCUUAAGUGCCCUAUGAGACAAUCGUUAGAGAAGCAAUCAAGAACGUUGGCUAUGAUAACAUAAGUAAUCCAAUUAAUUAUUACAUCAUUUAGGCAAGGGAUUGGACUACAAGAAUGCAUCCAUAAUAGUCUCUUUAGAUCAACAAUCUAGAGAGAUUAAUCAAGCUGUCGUGGGUGCUAAACACGAAGACGAGAUUGGUGCAGGAGAUUAAGGAUUAAUGAUAGGAUAUGCAUCAGAUGAAACCCCUGAACUGAUGCCAUUAACUCAUCAUCUCUGCAAUAAACUAAUUGCGAGACUCCAGGAAUGCAGAGAAAAAGAAAUCUGUCCUUGGAUGAGACCAGAUGCUAAAGUUUAAGUUACCGUUGAAUACAAGAGAGAUGGUGCAACAUUCUUCCCUGUUAGAAUUCACAAUGUGUUAAUCUCAUAAUAACAUGAUGAAAAAAUCACACAUAGUGAAAUACAAGCCGAAUUACAUUCUCAUGUUCUCAAGUAUAACUUAAUUCUAUUCUCAAAAGGCAUGUCUUACCAUAAUAAUAUGUUGAUGAACACACUCAAUACCAUUUAAAUCCAUCCAAAGCAUUUACUGUUGGUGGACCAUAUGGAGAUGCAGGAUUGACUGGUCGUAAGAUCAUUGUUGACACUUAUGGUGGAUGGGGUGGCCACGGUGGUGGUGCAUUCUCAGGAAAAGACCCCACAAAAGUUGAUAGAAGUGCUGCUUAUGCUGCCAGAUGGGUUGCCAAAUCAUUAGUAGCAUCUAAAUUAUGCAAGAGAGUCAUGAUUUAAGUUGCAUAUGGUAUUGGUAUCAGUGAACCAUUGUCAAUUUCUGUUAAUUCAUAUGGAACACACGCUGAAGGUUAUGAUGAUGAUGAUCUAUCUGAAAUUGUAUAAGAAAGCUUUGAUUUGAGACCAGGAGUUAUUAUUAGAGAACUUCAAUUAAGAAGACCCAUUUAUGCUAAAACUGCUUCAGGUGGUCAUUUUGGUAGAACUGAACCUGAAUUUUUAUGGGAAAAACCAAGAAUUAUCGAUAUUGCUGCAUGGAAAGCUAAUAAGGAAUAAUAAAAAUAACAAUGAAUAGAUAUUAUGUAAAAAAUAUAAAUAAACAAGUAAUU